CAAAAAGCAUCAUGCAUUCGUGUGCACGCUGUUCUGCGGCAUGCGUCUGCCACACACACACACUAACGUACACACGACAAUCGCGCCACCAAAGUAAACAACAAAGUUAGCAGUGCACCCUUGGACUCUAUGCUUGGACUUCGCUGUUUACACAUUCCUCCCUGUGUAAACACUCUUAUUGGACACCUUCAUAAUAAUCGACACGAACAAUCUCUAACUCGUCAGUUAGAGUGGAGUAGAGAAGUAAGCUCUGGACAAUCUUAGACUUUAGAGAAAGAACAAGAACUUGUUGACAAGAUGAACGCCACAAGACCUUUACUUUCUGUCGCCGCUCUUCUAAUCUUCAGUUACUUGUGUAAAACAAGUGGAACACUGUUAUUCAAAGACACCCUUGCUGAUCAGAACCAAGUAUUAUCUCCUAUUGAUACCCCACUCUAUGCCACUAAGACUGGAUAUGAGCUGUCGGUAGAAACUUUUGGAUCGAAAAGUGAACGUGAAUUGAACUGGUUUGACCUCGCAAGGACCACCGGAGCAGUCGUACCAGAAGGCCUGGAAAAUUGCGCACCUGACGGCGUCUAUGUUGUCUACAGACACGGUACUCGCAAUCCAGGUGAUGGAGAUGUGAGGGAUGUGCACAGCAUACUCGAAAGGCUUCAGAACACAGAAAUCAACCCAGAAUUCUACUAUCUUCGUGAAUAUCCUAAACUACCUGUGGCAAAUGCUUCACAGCUUGUGGAAGCUGGUUGGCGAGAAUUGAAGAUGCUCGCCCACCGACUCUCAACGAAACGUUUUCCAGAAUUAUUCCCCGACAAAGAUUUCGAUUUUUCGCGCUACUCUUUCCAGUCGACAAAUAAGAGUCGGACAAUCGACAGUGCUCGUGGUUUCCUUGAAGGUCUUGUCGGUGAAAAUCAGACCUGCACACCGGAAUAUUCUAAGGACUCUUUCACAGUUGAGUGUUCUGAAAAUGAAGGCCCAAUCACUCCAACUUCAACCGUGAUACCACACUCCCCAGUUGACAAAGAUCCACUUCUGAGGUUUUAUGAUGUCUUGGAGACGUGCACUGAAGCAGUGAAUGGGGGAAAAACAGAUUUGGAGCAAGACACUUUCAGCGAUGGUCCAGAGGUUGGAGAAGUUUGGACGAAGGUCAAUCAGAAACUGGCUCCUCCAGGAGGGAAACCGUUUAAUUUAUCAAGAGCGGAGGUCAUUUUGCUAUCUGAGAUGUGUGGUUUUGAUCUAGCCAUGCACAACGAUUCCAACACAUGGUGUAAGCUGUUUGAACAACAAGAUCUUUAUGCACCUGAGUACCAUUCAGAGUUGAAGAAUUACUGGAACAAGGCGUAUGGGUUUUCAAUCAACUACAGAAUCAGCUGUGAGCUAGCCUUAGAUGCUAUCAACUACUUAGAGAAGAGAGUUACCAUGCCAACCAGCACUCCUCUUGGGAACUUCAAAUUUGGCCACUCCGAGACCAUUGUCCCUCUGGUCACCCUGAUGGGUCUCUUCAAUGAUCCCAUUGCUCUCUUAUCAUCUAACUUUGACGAACACAUCAACCGGGUAUUCCGAGCAGGAAACAUGUCUCCCUUCGCAGGCAAUGUCGCUUUUGCGUUAUACCGAUGCAAUGGAAGUUCCGAUACUGUUCAUAGGGUGCAAGUUCUUUUAAAUGAAAGACCAGUCAAGCUCGAUUUCUGCACAGGUCAGUUUUGUAGCUUGGAGGAGUUUAAAGGGGGCAUCGAGCGGGCCAUCGGGACAUGCGAUUUUAAAGAGGAGUGCGCUGCUGCUUUGGAUGAUGGCCAGAAAAACAACGGCAAUAUCAACUUUUCUGCCUGUCUGCAGUUUCUUUUAGCAUACGUGGCGUUAGUUGGGAUUUCUGUCAUCAGAGCGUCUUGAUAAGGAGGAGUGUAAUAAUCCAAGUGCUUCUCCAUUGGCCAGUCAUUUUAAAAUUAUUUUAAAUUGUGAAAAAUAUCCGACAUGGGCUAUGAAAGCAUCUCUUAAGCUGCAGGCAUCAUUAGUUUAGAGUGUGAAUUAAAACACUUACAAGAAAUCAAAUGUUGUCUUCUUGUGACAUUUUCUCUUUGCUAAAACAGAACUUAAGCUAUGUAUGAAGGAUAAAUACAGGAUUUGUAACAAUUGAAACCAAAACUUUUGUUUCAAAAGAGCGAUUUGAAAGCUCAGAAAAAAAUAAAUUGAUUCUGCUCACCAAAGAGUUUAAUUUAUAUUUCAUCGUGCAAGGAUGAGGAAGAAAUGAGAAUUGAUUACUUUCGUUCAGUUUCAGCGAUUCACAAUAUUCAUAAUUCUUUUUAUCUCAAGGGAGACCUAAUCGUUUUUUUGUCAACAUUUUAUUUUUUACAUAACGUAGAACUUUCUAGACAUACAUAGUAGAUGUAACUAUUAUAUUAAAAAAUUCUAAAUACUAAUCAAAGUUCAUUUUAUUUUGUUGCCAAAUAUAUUUUAUGAUAAUUAAUAAGGAAUGAAUUUCGCUUUUACAAAGUAUUUUUUGUAAAAUUAAUAUUUGAUAUUUGAUUUUUUACAAAUUUUAUUAUGUUAAUUCGUGAUGUACAUUAUCAGCCUUCGAGCUGUUUUUUUUUUUUCAAAUUUGACUUUAAAUAAACAUUUUCAAUCAAUCAAUCAAUCAAUUUUGAAAUUAAAAUGUCUGGUGGUACAUUGAAGUGAACAAUGUAUUCAUUGUCUUUAGAGCCUUCAUACAUCCUUUACAUUACAACAGGUGGUCAGGGCUCGCAUCAUUAUUUUACGAAGCAGUACACUUUCACUGGCACUCAACUCGUAUCUCCCCAACGACAUGGUUUUCCAUAUAGUAAGCUGUCAACACCUACAUCGUACGUACAGAAAAACCUGUAGUGAACCGGCAUACAUUAAUUGUGUCAUUAUUAAUGGCAUGAAAUGGGCAAUAAACAAAACAUCUGUGUCAUACUACGUAUUCUUGCCAACAGCAGACCUUGAAAGACCUUUACAUUUCCCAUAGAAGUGUCCUUCAAAGAAACACGAGAAAAAACCUCAUUGUCGAUGAGUGGUCUCUCGCUUAUGAACUUGCAGUCCAUUCCUGAUGUCAAGCAUGACUGAAUUAAUUAUUUUAGAUUUAGUAUAAAAUUGCAUGAAUUUGUGUUGUGUGUGCUAAAAUCAUUCAAGCGUGUUAUAGAUUCAUUAUUUGUUCAUUCAAAAUGUAUCAAAGGCCAUAAUUUUUGUGUAAGUAGAAUAGUAUACUCAUCUGUUAGAAUAUUGAAGUAGAGUAGGAAGUUGCAUGUUGCCAGAUAUUAUAAACAAUGUUAACAUUUUUGCCAGAAAAAAAAAAAAAGUUUUUAAAAGUAUUUUUAUUAUAUUGAUUUGAUUAUCGCUGUGCCUUGAUUAUGAUGCAAAGAUAAAAAUAUAUCAGCCAUGUAAAUUACUUCAAAA